CUCUGUGAGGAUGAGGAGGCCGCAGGAAAUGAGCCGAAUGAAUUCUACAAGACAGACCCGCUUCUUCCCUGCAGCACGACCUGCUGGUCACUCGACACACUCUCACUUCUUCUCGUUGUGAGACGUUUAAACCUAUCAAUGGUGCCUUGCGCUGACUCAACGAAAUUAGCAGAACCGAUUGCUUUAUUCUACUCAUCCUUUCUUCUUCCGCUUUUGUCCUCAAGAGUCGUUUUUUUUCACGUGCAAAGUUUGAGUAUUUAAAUACAUUUUGUUGUUGUUGUUGUUUGUUUGUUUUUUUUUAAAUGUUUGUUUAUUCCGAGGUUGGUUGUGUGCGCGAGCGCGUUUGAGUCGUCCAGGAUCAUCCCUCCGCUAAUCUCUUUAUCUGGGCCCCGGCUCUGCGAGUUCACGCCGCUUCUGCCGGGUUGGGGGGAACUUUUUUUUUUCUCCUUCCCCCUUCCGCUCAUCUGGUGGGUUUCAAAGUGGUUUGGGGGCGCAGUUGUGUUGCCAUGGCAACGGCUUGGAUGGAGCUUGCGUAAUGUUGACAGUCGGAAGGAGCGCCUCAAUGGCCCAGAUUUCGCCGGCGGACUUGGCCGCCCCAGGCCUGGACGACAUGGAGGACGGCAGGUGUGCGGGACUUCUCUUCAACGUCAACAACAGCAACAACAACAAGGAUGACAAGAAGAAGAAGAAGAAGAAAAAAAAGGAGGAGAAGAAAGACAAAAAAACGAAGGAGGCGAAGAAGAAAGCCAAGAAAGAAGAAGAAGAGGAGGAAAAGAAGAAAGCCAAGGCAGAGGAGAAGAAGGAGGCGGUUCCACAGGAGAUCACAGUGGUGGACCCGGCGGGGGACACAUAUUACCACUGGCUCUUCAUUAUCACGCUUCCCGUCAUGUACAACUGGACCCUCAUCAUCGCCAGAGCGUGCUUCGAGGAACUUCAGAUGGACUACUUGCGCUGCUGGUUCUUCUUGGAUUUUCUCUGCGACUUGGUCUACGUGGCCGACAUGGUCUUCCGAACCAGGACAGGCUACCUGGAGCAGGGUCUUCUAGUUAAGGAUGAGCAGAAGCUACGCGAGCGUUACAUAAAGAGUUUCCAGUUCCGACUAGAUGUCCUCUCCAUGGUCCCCACGGAUGUUCUGUACGCCACGCUGGGCCUCAACUACCCCGAGAUCCGCCUCAACAAGCUGCUGAGGUUCAACAGGAUGCUGGAGUUCUUCCAAAGGACCGAGACCAGAACCAACUACCCCAAUGCGCUGCGAAUCUCCAACCUGGUCAUGUACAUUGUCAUCAUCAUCCACUGGAACGCCUGCCUCUACUAUUCCUUCUCCAAGGCCAUUGGUUUUGGCUCGGACAGGUUUGUGUAUCCUGACCCAGCAAACCCAGAGUUCGGGCGCCUGGUGAGGAAGUACGCCUACAGUAUGUACUGGUCCACACUGACGCUCACCACCAUCGGAGAGACUCCACCCCCUGUGGAAAACUCCGAGUAUUUCUUUGUGGUCACCGAUUUCCUGGUGGGCGUGCUGAUCUUCGCCACUAUCGUGGGUAACGUGGGCUCCAUGAUUACAAACAUGAACGCCGCCCGCGCCAACUUUCAGGCUCGCAUCGACGCUAUCAAACAGUACAUGAGCUUCCGCAAGGUCAGUGGAGUGACCACAGGUAACCAAAGAUCUGGAGAAGCGAGUCAUAAAGUGGUUCGACUUCCUGUGGACCAACAAGAAGGCGGUGGACGAGCGGGAAGUCCUCAAAUACCUUCCGGACAAGCUGAGAGCCGAGAUUGCCAUCAACGUGCACCUGGACACGCUCAAGAAGGUGCGUAUCUUCGCCGACUGCGAGGCGGGCCUGCUGGUGGAGCUGGUUCUGAAGCUGCAGCCGCAAGUCUACAGUCCCGGAGACUACAUCUGCAAAAAGGGCGACAUCGGGCGCGAGAUGUACAUCAUCAAGGAGGGCAAGCUCGCCGUUGUCGCCGACGAUGGCGUCACACAGUUUGUGGUCCUCAGCGACGGCAGCUACUUUGGCGAGAUCAGCAUACUGGCCAUCAAGGGCAGCAAAGCCGGAAACCGGCGAACGGCAAACAUCCGCAGCAUCGGUUACUCCGACCUCUUCUGCCUUUCCAAGGACGACCUGAUGGAAGCGUUAACCGAGUACCCCGACGCCAAGGCCUUGUUAGAAGAGAAGGGGAGACAGAUCCUGAUGAAGGACGGGCUGCUGGACCUGGAGGUGGCGGCGCAGGGCCCCGACCCCAAGGAGAUGGACGAGAAAGUGGAGCGGAUGGCGAGCACGCUAGACGACCUCCAGACACGCUACGCUCGACUGCUGGCCGAGCACGAGGCCACGCACAGCAAGAUCAAACAUCGAGUCAGCAGGCUGGAGAAGAAGCUCCCCUCCCGGGGAGGCGACGUCCCGGCGCCACCGACCGAAUAACGAGCAGUACUAUGGAAGCGUGUGUUCUUUCCAUAUUCCCAACGAGGAACACAGACAUAAUUCAUUCAGUUCAUAGCUAGUCUGCUCAUGCUCGGGUUCUCAAACUGGAGGUCCACUGAGUGAAUUUAGCACUAUCCUAGCGUGCUUCAACCUAAAUAUUCAUGUGCCAGCGUUGUCAAUUUAGCGAUGCUUGAAACAAAUCUUUGUCCCCCCCCCCAAAAAAAAAAAAAAAACAAGCAAAUUUCAUUCCUUUUUAGAAGCGAUACACUUUUCAUUUGAAUUAUAUGACAUAAUUUACUGUAAAUGAUAAUAUCUUCCAGCCAGAGACCCCAAUUUGAGAAACCCAUGCUAA